AAUGACCAGCGUCGGUUGACAGUGUUCCGGCGUCGCAGGUUAUGACGCUCGGUUAGCCGGCUAACUAAGCCUUGUUUUUACUACUUGAAAACAGUAAUAGCAUGAUGACAUUUAAGUAAAUUAUUGCUAUUUGACGCAGCCGCUGUCAACAACCUGUGGGAUGUAAGCGGCAAUGCGGAAGUACCGUUUAUUCUAUUAUUAUUUAUAUACCGUGUGCUCAUUUUCUUUCGUUGUUUUCCUUGUGCCUUUUCAACCCAUGAAAACAGAUGCUUCACAAUGAAGAUCAAUAAGUCAUAUAAAUUAGUUCUGCACAAGAAAGGAUUUGGAGGAAGUGAUGAUGAGCUGGUAGUAAAUCCUAAACUCUUCCCACAAGUCAGUUUGGGAGAUAUCAUUGAGAUUGCACAUCCGACAGAUGAAUACAGUCCUCUGCUGCUGCAAGUCAAAAGCCUAAAAGAUGAUCUGCAGAAAGAAACAAUCAGUGUGGACCAGACAGUAGCUCAGGCCUUCAAAUUCCGUGCCUAUCAGGAUGUCAUUGUGAACAUCGUUGACCCUAAGGAUGUAAGUCUGGACCUGGUGGAGCUGACAUUCAAGGAUCAGUACAUUGGCAGAGGAGACAUGUGGAGGCUGAAGAAGACUCUGGUGACCACAUGUGUGUAUGUCACACAGAAAGUGGAGUUUGCUGGAAUAAGAGCCCAGGCCGGUGAACUUUGGGUGAAAGGGGAGAAAGUGACCUGUGGUUACAUUAGUGAAGACACCAGGGUGGUGUUCAGGUCCACAUCUGCCAUGGUGUACAUCUUCAUCCAGAUGAGCUGUGAGAUGUGGGACUUUGACGUCUAUGGUGACCUGUACUUUGAAAAAGCCGUCAAUGGUUUUCUGUCUGACCUCUUUGCCAAGUGGAAGGAGAAGAACUGCAGCCAUGAGGUGACUGUUGUCCUCUUCUCACGAACAUUCUACAGUGCCAAAAGUAUUGAUGAAUUUCCUGAGAUUCUGCGAGGUUCGAUCAGACAGGAUCACGACGGGUGUUUUUAUGAAGACUUCUACAGGGUCGUGGCACAGAAUGAGCGACGAGACGAGUGGACGACACUGCAGGUCACCAUAAAGGAGCUCUUCAUUCAGUAUCCAGUUCUAGUUCGACUGAAAGAAGCAGAUGGAUUUCCUGUGGGCUACAACUCCACUGCUGCUCAGGGAAACUACCUGGAAGCGAUUAACCUUUCCUUUAAUGUAUUUGACAAGCACUACAUCAACCGUAACUUUGACAGGACUGGACAGAUGACGGUGGUUAUUACACCUGGUGUGGGGGUCUUUGAAGUGGACCGUCUUCUUAUGAUUCUGACCAAACAGAGAAUGAUUGACAACGGUAUCGGUGUGGACUUGGUGUGUAUGGGGGAGCAGCCGCUGCAUGCAGUACCACUAUUCAAGCUGCACAACAGGACAACAUCUGGAGACUCCCUCGUUGGCGAUGACUAUAACCUUCCUCACUGGAUCAACCACAGCUUCUACACCACCAGAGGCCUCAACCCCUGCUGCUUCUUCACCCCUCGAAUCAAACUAGCCAGUCGUAAGAUUAACACAGAAAAAACGAAGAGCAACAAAAAACACACUCUUUGCCCUUCGAGGGAUUCGGACAACAGUUUGCCCAUACAAGUCGACUACAACGCCUACGACGCUCAGGUGUUCAAGAUUCCCGGUCCUUUACGAGUUCAGAGGGCCGCGACCCUUAGGAUGGGUAAAGAAAGAAGAGAUUCUAAAGAGCCCAGUGGCAGGAAGAGCUGCGUGGAUGUCGGUGGGGGUGCGGGUGCAGGAAUGUCGUCUCCUGCGUACUCCACAGGUCCAGAGGAGCACCACAGCCUGGCAUCUGAUGACAGCGUGGGUCCAGUUUCCAAUGUGGUCCUUAUACCACGUCUGCCCGCCGUCCAGUAUGAAAUCAGCAGUUCUCUGGGAUACUCAAGCACUAGGGAGUUACUGGAGAACAAAAAGGACCCUCAGCGGGACUCGAGUGCACCGGGUCGUUUCACUGUAGGGAGCGCCGAGUCCACGUUGCACAUCCGACCUGGAAGUUUCACCUCACAGAGAGCUCUGAUCAACCCGUUCACGCCCUCCAGGAUGCCAACAAAACUCACAUCAAACCGCAGGCGCUGGAUGCACACUUUUCCCGUUGGUCCAUCUGGAGAAGCCAUCCAGAUCCAUCAUCAAAUCAAAAACCAGAGUAUUGCUGAGGUGCAGGGCCAAAAGCAGAGAGAUCCUGCCCACACCUCUGCCGAGCUGCUGGAGCUGGCGUAUCAAGAAGCUACCGGAAGGCAAAACAGCUCUAGAGCUGGAGAGAUCCACCCCUGCAUGGGUGGAUGGACGGAGGAGUACGCUGGAAGUCCAGGAAGCAACAGCAAUGUGACUCAGACUCACCACGGCUCCUCGUGUGAAGACUUUGUUUCCGCUGGUGGUGGUGAUCCAAUCCUCCUCCUAUCUGCACCCCCGACAGUGCCCAGUUUCUGCUGUACAGUUGGAGUGGACUGGAAGUCUCUGACCAUGCCGGCCUGUCUGCCUCUCACCACCGACUACUUCCCGGAACACCAGACCCUGCAGAACGACUACACUGAAGGCUGCUACGACCUGCUGCCACACAGUGACCUGGACAGGCGAGAAGAUGAGGCUCCGCUGAUGACCGCCACUCAGGUGUUUGAAGAGUUCAUCUGUCAGAGGUUGAUGCAGGGCUACCAGAUCAUAGUCCAGUCCAACCACAGAAAACCAAAGGUUGCCGUGGCCACACCUCUUGGCAGCAGCCCUCUCUACACCAGAGGCGUCGUCUCCAUGCGUCGGGCGGAGGAGGAGGAGAUGGUUUACUGGCUCAGUAUGGGACGCACCUUUCACAAAGUUUGUCUUAAAGACAAAAUCAUCACUGUGACUCGCUACCUACCCAAGCACCCGUAUGAGACAACUCAGAUCCAGUACAGCUACAGCCUGUGUCCUCCCCACUGUGACGCCCAGUUUGUUUCCUCCUGGGUGGAGUUCGGCCACGAGAGACUGGAGGAAUACAAGUGGAAUUACCUGGACCAGUACAUCUGCUCCGGCGGUUCUGAGGACUUCAGUUUGAUUGAAUCUCUGAAGUUCUGGAGGACUCGCUUUCUGCUUCUGCCAGCUGGAGGCGCUAGGAGGGUGGCAGAUGGGCAGGGCCACUGGGAUGUUUACAGUGAUGGAACAGGUACUGGCCUGGGGGGCAGUGGGGAGUGGCUGCUGCUGGAUGGCUUCAUCAGGUUCCUGGAGGGUCUCAACCGCAUCCGUCGACGCCAUCGCUCUGACAGGAUAAUCAGGCCCAAAGGCACACCAAUAAAAGGACUGCACGUUACCAGUCCCCUGCCUUCAUAUACCCCAGAGCCUCUGCAGCCCCCGCAGGUCAAGAAAGGAACUUCAGUUCUCUCUGCGCUGCUAGAAAUGGAACAAAGUCAGAAGACCCUGGAGGAUCAGCAGCAGCAGCAGCAGAUGAAACCCUCUGCUAUCAUCUGUGAACCUGCUACGGUUGCUACAGCGGUCACAUUUGCAGACAGUCCUCGCAAAUUGCCAAUUGAAGCCAGUGAGAUUGCUGAUAAGGUUGUCCCUCCUGGAGUGACAAGUGGAGCAGCAGCAGCACAGCCUGGAGAGACGGCAGCCAGCAGCAGCAGCACAGACACCAGUGGCCAGGCUGCAAUAGGAGCUCUUUCUCUGUCUUCGUCAACUCCCUGGGAAAUCCUGGAGGCCAUCAAACACCCCACGACAGGUGUGCAGCUCCUGCCAGAGCAGAAAGGUCUGCCACUCAACUGCUUUAUCAGUGCUGAGGCCGUUCAUUGGCUGGUCAGCAACAUGGAGGGCGUGGCUACACAGGGGAUGGCUAUAGAUGUGAUGCAGAAACUGCUGGAUGAAGGUCUGGUGGCCCACGCUUCUGGAGACGCAAUGCGCACAUUUGUCUAUGGGUUCUACUUCUACAGGAUUGUAGGAGAGAAGGAUGGUCUCAGCUCCCAGCCCCCCCUCACAGCAGGACUGUCUGCUUCAGCCCUGGAGGACCUUGCCAUUUUCCAGAGGAAGUGGUUUGAAGUAGCUUUUGUUUUGGACGAGCCGCAACCCUGCAACCUCCCAGCAUUCCUCCUUCCUCGACUGCCAAGCCGCCCUGCGUCGUAUGCGAGCAGACACAGCUCCUUCAGUCGCAGCUUUGGAGGGCGUAGCCAGACUGCUGCAAUGCUAGGUACAGCUGCUACAGUCCCAGAGCAGAAGACGGUCACUCUGGACUUGGGCACUACCAGUCGCAAUGACCGCACGGAGUGGUGCAGCAGUUAUUACCACGGGAGUUUCUCGCUGAAAAAUGCCUUUGAGAUCAAGCUCCACUGGAUGGCUGUCACCGCCGCGGUUCUUUUUGAAAUGGUUCAGGGGUGGCACAGGAAGGCAGCGUCCUGUGGUUUCCUCAUGGUGCCUGUGCUGGAGGUUCCCUUCGCUCUGACCACGUACCUGUUUGGAGACCCACUGAGGGCUCAGCUCUUCAUCCCUCUCAACAUCCAGUGUCUGCUUAGCAAUGGCAGCGACAACCUGUUCGAAGGCUUUGAACCAGAGACCUACUGGGACAGGAUGCAGCUCUUUCAGGAAGCCAUACUGUACAGAUUUGGUUUUGUACAUGACAAGUUCUCCGCCUCAACUUUUAACUUCUCCUCUGAGAAUAAGCCGCAGUACAUUCACGUCACAGGCACCGUCUUCCUGCAGCUGCCUUAUUCCAAACGCAGGUACUCCAGCGGGCAGCAGCGGCGGCGCCGGAACUCCACCAACUCCAACAGCCAUGGGCCAUUUGGCCACGAGGACCGGGUGGGCUACUGCUGGUCCUACAACACCAUGCUGACCAAGGCAUGGAGGACGGGCGUGCUGGGCGACGAGAGGUUGGCUGACCGACUGUUUAGAGACUUCAGGGAUUUCUGCUCCAACAAGGACAACAGACUGCUCAACUUCUGGAACAGCUGUCAGGAGAAAAUGACCAGAGCUCCCUGACCUCAGCAGCUGACCAAUCAGUGAAGAGCUUCACACUGGACUUAGCGAUCAGGCAUGUGGAUCACUUUCACAUUGAUUAAGUGACAAAAGCUUUAAAUACACAACCGAUCACAUCAGCUGGCAGAAGGUUGUUGGACUGAUUACCUCUGCUCUGAUGGGAUGACAGGUAUAUACAGUACUUAUACACAAUUUAGUAUUACUUUACCAGAAACUGGUAAAAAGAAAAAUAGAUUAGUUUUCUAAACUAUCUUCUCUGCCAAAUAUUUUUCAUCACCUGAUGCCUUACUUCAUUUGCUCUGGAAGUUCUUUAAAUUGUAAAGAAUAAUAUGUAAAAUUAAAAAGUUUAUUUAAAAAAAAUAAAGAGACAAUUCUUAGCUAUGACGGUAGGUAUUAUUAUUUUUUAAAAAUUGUGAAGCUUUCCCUCCCGU